AUUUCUUAUUUCUACUCCAAAUUUUUUUACUCCAACAAGUUAGAUCUGUAUCUUCAUCUUUAUAUUUGUUCGUUCUGAAUCGAAAAUCAAAGAAUUCAUCUUUAUAUUUGUUCGUUCUGAUUCGAAAAUCAAAGAAAGUGAUGUUGAGGAUUCGAUGUGGGGUUUUAAGCUCUCUCCGCCAAAACCCCAAUACCCAGUUCAGAAACCUCGCCAUAGAAGCCAAAGACCCGGACUUUACCCAAGUUGCCAUGGAAGUUUCUAAGAUUACUCGAAUGAGACCCAGGUGGGAGCAGACUAUUCUCUACGACUACCCUUCUUUUGAUUUCUCUGACCCUAGGUUCUUCCACGAGCUUUUGAAGUACCAAAACAACGCGUUUCUUUCGCUUCGUUUUUUCACAUGGGUAAGCUCUAAUCUUGGGUUUUCACCUGAUUCAAUUUCUUGUAAGGCGCUUUUCGAUUCAUUGGUAGAAGCUAAGGCGUGUAACGCUAUGAAAACUUUUCUUAAGCUCACUGGUUUCACUCCCGAACCGGCUUCAUUGGGAUGUUAUUUUCGGUGUCUUUGUGAAAAUGGGUUGGUUGAGGAAGCCAUGGACGUUUUUGCUAAGCUGAAAAGUGAUAGAGUGUGUUUCUCGAUCGAGACUUGGAAUUUGGCUUUGAUGUGCUGUCUUAAAAUUAAGAGGACUGAUCUUUUUUGGCAAUUGUACCAAGAAAUGAUUGAGUGUGGUGUUAGUGGGGAUGUCAAGACUGUUGAGUAUCUUAUUCAAGCUUUCUGUGAUGAGAAUCAUGUUUUCAAGGCUUAUGAACUCGUUAGGCAGGUUUUGGAAGAUGGUGUGGCUCCUAAAAAUGCUUCCUUUAACAAGUUAUUAUCUGGGUUCAGCAAAGAGAAGAACUAUGAAAGAGUUUCUGAGCUUCUUCAUGUGAUGAUUGCAACAAAUCGUAACCCAGAUGUUUAUACAUAUCAAGAAGUGAUCAAUGGACUUUGCAAGAAUCGAAAAGUUCUUGAGGGGUUUCGAGUUUUUAAUGACCUCAAGAAUAGAGGGUAUGUUCCAGAUAGGGUAAUGUAUACAACAGUGAUUCAUGGUCUUUGCACUGGGGGUUGGAUUGGAGAAGCUAGGAAGCUUUGGUUCGAGAUGAUUCGAAAGGGUUAUCUUCCAAAUGAAUACACUUAUAACUCAAUGAUUCAUGGUUUCUGUAGGGUUGGUGAAUUUGGGAAAGGCAGAGAGUUGUACAAGGAGAUGUGUGAUAAAGGUUAUGGCGAUAAUGUGGUAAGUUACAACAUAAUGAUUGUAUUGCUUUGCUCAGAAGGAAGUGCAAGUGAAGCUGAUCAAAUGUUUGAAAAAAUGGCCGAGAAGGGUAUUGUUCCUGAUUUGAAUACUUAUAAUUGUCUAAUUCAAGGCUUUUGUAAGGAGGGGAAGAUAGAGGAGAGCAUCGAGCUACUAAAUCAGCUCGUGUCUCGUGAUUUUCAACCAUCAUCUUCCUCUUAUACUCCUUUGAUAAAAAAGCUUUGUCAGGUGGGAGACAUGAAAGCAGCAAAGAUGUUUUUGGAUGAGAUGAUCAAGGCGGGUUUGGAGCCGAGGAUCGACACUCUAGAUGCUUUUGUUAUAGGAUAUUGUGAUGUAGGAGAUGUUAAUGAGGGUAUGGAGUGGUUGGUAGAGAUGUUGAGGAAUAAGCUCACACCAAGGAAGCAAACGUUUUUGAGACUGAUAGGAAGUUUCACUCGAAGAGAUAGGUUAAAUGAUUCUUUAGUUGUUGUAGAUUAUAUGUUGAGGACGGGUUAUAAACUUCAAAAAGACAUGUUGAGAUUUCUGGUUCAUAAACUUUGCCAAGGGAAUUCUCAUUUUGUUGAAACAUACUUAGAGGAGAUCUUAGAGAGAAGUUGAUCCAUAAAGAUUUUUUGGGUACGUUUUCUACAACUUUGUAUAAUUUAUUGAUGAGAAACAAAAUAAAUGGAAGGGGGUAGAUUCAAUUUUUUUUUUUUUUUUUGUAGUUGGGUUUACAACUGAUUUUCAUUGAUGGAUUAUAUUCAUUUUGUAUUUUUCUUUUUGGGUCUCUAGUUUAUUUGGACCUCAUCUUGAUUUUACCCAAAACAAUUUAUGAACCAACUGUUUAAUGGGAUCUCCUUUUUCUUA